CUUUAGAUAUCAACCACACAUCUCUAAUCACACUAAACACAAACAUAAACACUACUCCACUUCACUCCUCUAUCAUCAACCAAACCAACCACUAGCAACUAACAAUGGCAAUGGAGAUUACAGCCAUGUCUUCACUACCAACACCAAAACCUUCUCUUCCAUCUCCUUCUACCUUACCUCACACAAUCACCACUUUCUCAAAACCUCAACUUAGACGCAUAUCAUUACCAACAUCAACCACCAUUUCACUACUUACUCUCUUCACCCCUCCAAAUGAAGCUAGAGCUGCUGUUAACAUCUCCAAGGACCAAAUUGUUUCUUCUCUCACCCAAGUGGAGCAGACUAUUGAUCAGGUUCAGGUGGUUGGUUCUGGUUUUUUGGACUCAGCACAACGUGUUGCUGAAGCUGUAGGGAGUGCUUUGAAGCCUGGCUUCGAUACGGCGUUGCCGAUUGUGCAGCAGGCUGGACAAGAGGCUUUGAAAAUUGCUUCCCCAGCCUUCUCUGAGGCUUCCAAGAAGGCUCAAGAAGCACUUCAGAGCUCUGGUCUUGAUACCCAAACAGCUGCUAAGACAGUGGCAGAUGCUGCACAACAAACAACCAAGGUGAUUGAAGGUGCCAAGCCAAUAGCCUCAUCAACCAUGGAAACUAUAACUUCAUCAGAUCCUACCGUGAUUGCUGGAACAGCUGGAGCACUAUUCAUUGCAUACCUCUUGUUUCCUCCUAUCUGGUCUGCCAUCUCCUUCAAUUUUCGCGGGUACAAAGGAGACUUGACACCAGCUCAAACACUUGAUAUGUUAUGCACACAAAACUACAUUUUGAUUGAUAUUAGGUCAGAGAAGGAUAAGGACAAAUCCGGUAUUCCUCGCCUUCCGUCUAGUGCUAAAAACAAGAUGGUUGCCAUUCCAUUGGAAGAAGUGCCAAACAAAAUACGGGGACUGGUAAGGAAUGUGAAGAGAGUGGAAGCUGAAAUAGCAGCAUUAAAGAUUUCAUAUCUGAAGAAAAUCAACAAAGGCACCAACAUUGUGAUCUUGGACUCGUACUCGGACUCGGCAAAGAUAGUUGCUAGAACACUAACAGGGCUUGGAUUUAAGAACACGUGGAUUGUUGGUGAUGGAUUUUCUGGAGGCAAAGGGUGGUUACAGAGUAGAUUAGGAACAGAUUCAUAUAAAUUUUCGUUUGCAGAGGUGUUGUCACCAUCCAGAAUCAUCCCUGCAGGUGUUAGAGGAGGUUUUGGAACAACCAGCAGGCAAUCUACUCAGAAACUUCUUCCUGGGGCUGACUGAGAUUCUUUUUCCUCGCUCAAACAUUGAACUCUCGCAAAUAUAUAUGUGAAUGUGUGCCUUGAUUAAUCAAGUCCUCGAAAUUAUAUUAAUUUGAUUAUUUCUUAUAUACAAGUUAAAUCCCUUUUAAACUCUU